UGUCCUCCGCCAUGCCUGACCCGGUUAAGUCCGCUCCGGCCCCAAAAAAGGGCUCCAAGAAGGCGGUGACCAAGGCGCAGAAGAAGGACAGCAAGAAGCGCAAGCGCAGCCCCAAGGAGAGCUACUCCAUCUACGUGUACAAGGUGCUGAAGCAGGUCCACCCCGACACCGGCAUCUCCUCCAAGGCCAUGGGCAUCAUGAACUCCUUCGUCAACGACAUCUUCAAGCGCAUCGCGGGCGAGGCUUCCCGCCUGGCACAUUACAACAAGAGCUCGACCAUCACCUCCAGAGAGAUCCAGACGGCUGUGCGCCUGUUGCUGCCUGGGGAGCUGGCCAAGCACGCAGUGUCCGAAGGCACCAAAGCCGUCACCAAAUACACCAGCUCCAAAUGA